CGCAGCUACCGCAGUGGAGGCACCAACCUCGGGGAGAGCCUCCUGCCCCGCACCUACAUCCUGGGCAGCUCCACCCCACGCCAGCAGGAACGCCAAGAAGGAAGGAGACCUGCUCGCUGCCCAGGCCCGCCUGAAGGAUGUGGAGGCCCUGCUCAACUCCAAGGAGGCCGCGCUCAGCACCGCCUUGGGGGAGAAGCGCAACCUGGAGGCUGAAGUCCGCGACCUCAGAGGCCAGCUGGCCAAGGAACCAGGUGGAGGGAUCCUUGGCCGACAUCAAGAAGCAGCUUCAGGACGAAAUGCUGCGGAGGGUGGAUGCGGAGAACAGGCUGCAGACCCUGAAGGAGGAGCUGGACGUCCAGAAAAACAUCUAUAGCGAGGAGCUCCGUGAGAGCAAACGCCGCCACGAGACGCGCCUGGUGGAGAUCGACAACGGGCGCCAGCGGGAGUUCGAGAACAAGCUGGCCGAUGCGCUGCAGGACCUCCAUGGGCAGCACGAGGCCCAGGUCAGGCUCUACAAGGAGGAGCUGGAGAAGACCUAUGCAGCCAAGCUGGAAAACGCCAAGCAGUCGGCCGAGAGGAACAGCAGCCUGGCUGGGACGGCUCACGAGGAGCUUCAGCAGACGCGGAUUCGCAUCGACAGCCUCUCCGCCCAGCUCAGCCAGCUGCAGAAGCAGCUGGCAGCCAAGGAGGCGAAGCUGCGGGACCUGGAGGAUUCCCUGGCCCGGGAGCGGGAUACCAGCCGCCGUAUCCUGGCGGAGAAGGAGCGGGAGAUGGCCGAGAUGAGGGCCCGAAUGCAGCAGCAGCUGGACGAGUACCAGGAGCUGCUGGACAUCAAGCUGGCCCUGGACAUGGAGAUCAACGCCUACCGCAAACUCCUGGAGGGCGAGGAGGAGAGGUUGCGCCUCUCCCCCAGCCCCUCCUCCCAGAAGAGCGGCUCCCGCAUCCGGGUCUCUUCCUCUGGACAAAGCGCCACCAAGAAAAGGAAGCUGGAGGACGGCGAGAGCCGCACCAGCUUCUCCCAGCAUGCCCGCACCAGCGGCCGCGUGGCUGUGGAGGAGGUGGACCUGGAGGGCAAGUUUGUCCGGCUGAGGAACAAGUCCAGCGAGGACCAGUCGCUGGGAAAUUGGCAGAUCAAGCGCCAGAAUGGAGAAGACGCACCCAUUUGCUACAGGUUCCCCCCCAAGUUCACCUUGAAGGCCGGCCAGCUGGUCACGAUCUGGGCUGCGGGCGCAGGGGUGUCCCACAACCCCCCCACGGACAUGGUCUGGAAGAACCAAAGCUCCUGGGGGUCCGGCGACAGCUUACGCACAGCACUGCUGACCUCCAGCGGGGAGGAGGUGGCCAUGCGGAAGCUGGUGCGCACGGUUGUUGUCAAUGAUGACGAUGAUGAGGAUGAUGAGGAUGGCGCCCACGGCCACCACCACCACAGCCACUGCAGUGCCAGCGGAGAUCCGGGCGAGUACAACCUGCGUUCUCGCACAGUGUUGUGUGGCACAUGUGGGCAGCCGGCAGAGAAGUCAUCCGGGGGCACGAAUGUGGGCACCAGCACCAUGUCCACCGGCUCCUCCUCCUCCAGCUUGACCAUCACGCGCAGCUACCGCAGUGGAGGCACCAACCUCGGGGAGAGCCUCCUGCCCCGCUCCUACAUCCUGGGCAGCUCCACCCCACGCCAGCAGGACUAGAUCACCCAGGGCAUCCGUUUCAGCCUGCAGACUGGACGCUUGUAAAGACGCGGGGACCAACAACCUCCUUGGAUCAGCAGUGGAAGGGACCCUUUCAAGGGCUUCAGACCACCCAUACAGCCCUAAAAGUGGAAGGCCGGGCAUCUUGGAUUGAUCACUUCCAGAGUGAAGAAAUACCCACGAUCUGCCUGUCCGGAUUCCUGGACUGCGCAGCCUGUGACUUUCUCAGUAGCAGAACUGGGACUGAAGUUAUUGUUCUGGAACCAAAAGCCUCCGGAACCAUAGUUGUGUGAGAGAACUGCCAUCUCCCAUAGGU